UGGCCAACGGUUCGCGUUUCCUGCGUAUGCAACGCGCUCUGCCGCGUCCCCAUGAAUUUUUCGAUUGCAAACGGUGGUCGUGCACGCGACACUCUUACCCGCGCUUUCGUCGCAGUAAGCUCAUGUUCGAAUUUUCUUUUGUGACCGUUUAAAUGCACGCGACGACGUCCUGACACCAGUCGUGUUUUCAUUGUGCUAGGAACCGGUCACGCCGAAAUUACACCGCUGAGGUUGACACGGAAAGCGAUUCACCGUUCCUUCGACAUCCUUGCGCUGCGCGGUGCUGGUUCGCUUAUGUCCAGCUAAUCGUUCAGCGUUCGAGCACUGAUUCCCCACUUUGGCACUCGACGCCGAGGCUCAAACGAACCGCCGCCGCAACCGCCACGAUGGAGGUAUUGAUGCACGAGGCGAGCAACGGCCAGGAAACGAAUCCGACCGGCCCGUUCAUUUACUCGAGCGGAAAACAAUCGGUGAAAGAGAAACUGGACGACACGCGAACGGGGAAGAACGAGGCGCGUUUCAUGGAAACAGCCGCGGCGGACACCAUUGACAUCGCCUUCGAGAACAUCACUUAUACGGUGUCGCUUGGCUACAGAAAAGGACAAAAAGAAAUAUUACAUGGCAUUAACGGAAGGUUGCCGGCGAAACAGUUGAUCGCAUUGAUGGGGCCAUCCGGAGCGGGGAAGUCGACGUUGUUGGACGUUCUGUCCGGAUACAGGAUAACCGGCGUGAACGGCGACGUCUCCAUCAACGGACGAACCCGACACAUGAACUCCUUUCGAAAAUGCAGCGCGUAUAUCACGCAAGACGAUCGUUUGGAGCCGUUGUUGACGGUCGCAGAAAACAUGAAAGUGGCCGCUGACCUCAAGCUGUCGACGAAGAUUCCUCGACACGAGAAGGAAACGAUAAUCGAGGAAAUUCUGACCACAUUGGGCUUGUACGAGCACAUGAAGACGCGAGCUGAGAGGCUGAGCGGAGGUCAGAAGAAACGGCUGUCUAUUGCUCUUGAGCUGGUCAACAAUCCCACCGUUAUGUUCCUCGACGAGCCAACGACCGGUCUGGACAGUUCGUCUUGCAUGCAAGUGGUGAACUUACUGAAGUUGCUUGCGCGUCAAGGAAGAACGAUCGUUUGCACCAUUCAUCAGCCUAGCGCGUCCCUUUUCCAGCAGUUCGACCUGGUUUACGUACUGGCGAAAGGGGAGUGUCUGUACCACGGUGGGACCGGCCAACUGAUCCCUUAUUUGGAAAACAUCAAGCUACCGUGUCCUAUGUACCAUAACCCAGCCGAUUACAUAAUCGAAUUGGCCUGCGGUGAAUACGGCGAAGAUAAAGUAUCGUUGUUAAUAAACGGCUCGGAAAACGGCAGGAGCCUGCAGUGGUUUAAAGAUCCCGAUAGUCUCACGGAUGCAAAAGGUUUGAGAGCGUUGCAUCCACAGAAAAAGAAUAACGAGACGGAGGGUUAUACGAGCUUGCAGGCGACACCGUUGCUGCAUCAAAUCAAGAUCUUAAUGGGAAGGGGUUUUCUCAUGUGCAAAAGGGACACGACAUUAACGCACUUACGAAUCCUAGUCAAUAUAGCCGUCGGCUUCAUGCUCGGCUCGGUGUUCCUUGAAAGCGGCGUGGACGGUGCCAGAGUACUAGACAACUAUAAUCUUCUAUUUUCCAUUCUCAUACAUCUUAUGAUGACCACGAUGAUGCUUACUAUAGUCACUUUUCCUAUGCAAAUGAGCAUCCUGAUGAAAGAGCAUUUCAACAGGUGGUACAGCUUGAAAGCAUUCUACGCGGCCCUAACGUUAAUCGACCUACCGAUCUCGAUAUUCUGUUGUCUGGCUUUCAGCCUGAUUGUGUAUUUCAUAACGUCCCAACCGAUGGAGAUUGCACGGUUUCUGAUGUUUUUCUCGAUCAGCCUGCUGGUGUCGUUCAUAGGCCAAGGAACUGGUCUCAUGAUCGGGGCGGUGUUCGAUGUAACUAAUGGAACGUUCUUGGGACCAACGUUGUCCGUGCCAUUGAUGAUGUUCGCCGGUUUCGGUGUGUCGUUACGCGAUAUACCGAGUUAUCUGAAAUGGGGCACAUACGUCAGUUUCCUACGAUACGGCCUGGAAGGAUACAUCAGUGCCAUAUACGGAUUCAAUCGGCCGUUGUUAGACUGUAAAUCAAGGAACAACUUGUAUUGCCACUACAGGUAUCCGUCGAAAUUCCUCGACGAUAUCGCCAUGGACGGGGAACAGUUUUGGAACGACUUCGUGGCAUUAAUCACAAUACUUCUCUUGACUCGGAUCGCGGCUUAUCUGCUUCUCAAAUGGAAGAUCAUAUUCGUACGAUAAAAGAAAAAAAAACACAAACCGAAGUCAUGGUUUCCAAUUAAGAACCACGUGUUUUUCGCGACUCGUUGAACUUUGACUGUCCACAGUCUGACAAUAAGCAACUGUUUGUCGGUUGUUUAACCUUACAAGUGAAAGACGCGUGUGAAAGAGUAUAUUUGUCGGUCCACACGUUAGCCAGUAUACUUAAUUUAAAGUAUAAAACCAGGUGCACGGUGUGCUGCGGCCUAAAUGUAUCACAAGUAUUCGACUCUUUAAAUCCGAGACAAUUUUUUUGUGAACAUUUAGCGAAAUUCACGCCUCAUAACUUGCCAGUAUCAUCUGGAAAAAAACACAUUCGACUAAUCACCAUGUACAAAACGUCUGUAUUCCUUAUAAUUAUUAGGGCAGUCCAUAACUGCACUGUACAUUUAUUUUACAAUGAAAUGUUAAAAGUAAGUAAUGAAUUUUUAGGGAUAUUAAGAAAAAGCUGCCAUCUUUAGGCAGAAACGCAGCGAUUAGAGAGAUAACGAGAAAACCCAGAAAAAUAUCAAAUGUAUCCUCGCGAGCAAACUUGGCAUCCGCUAGGAGAAAAAGUGGCGUUGGAGAGGGACUUCCUAAAAUUUGGUAUCAGGAAUCAUUGAAAUAUGUAGCAAAUUAACAUUGGAUUUAACAUUUAUUUCAGUACUGGAAAUAAAUUUACCAAUUGGUAGGAGGCCAUUCUACUACGUUAGAUUUUUCCCUAGCGGAAGCCGAGUUUGCUCGUGAGGGUACUGGGCUUGUUAAAUCGGGGAAAGUUUUAUUAACUUUAUUUCCGGUCGACACGUUACAACGUGCAAUUGCUCUGAACAGAGACGCAAAUGGCUAAUGAAUGAGUAAUAUAGGUACUAUUAAAUAGUAAAUUAGGUAUAAUCUAAGAUUGAUAUUACUGCGAGACGAUAUCUUCCGAUAUCGAACGUGAUAUUUAAGGAUUGCUCAACGAAAGUCAAUUAGCAAUGCAUACGAGCUUUUUACAUGUCGCGGGUUUCCUGCCAAAGUAUAGUGGGAAACGUUCCGUUUCCAGUUAAAACUGUUGUAUAUAACUACAGGGUUUAAAUUCUAUUUAAGACACUUUUUUUUUUGUAUAGAUUAUACUACACUACAAAGUUUCUUCAUUCCUUCGAUUCAUACGUCUGACUCUCAAUCACAUAUGUAUGUAAGGUAUUUUUAUACAACUAUUUUGUUAACAACUUUACACU